AUGGAUGAUGAAUACCGGUCAAGUAUUUCUCUCUAUACCCCUCAUCUCCAUGGAACUGUAGCACUGACUGAAACAUUUCUGCAGGCCGAGUACCAUUCCACCGAGUUAUUUUAUGGAAUCGAGAAUGAAGAGGCCGCAAUACAAAAUCUAAGGAGAGUGUUGACGAGACCCGGUCGGCUACUCGUCUUCUUCAACGUUCUUCAACAUCGGGUUCGGGUUCAGUCAUUCAAACUUGCCGAUCCCACAAAGCCGGGCCUCCGAAAGAUCUUGGCUAUGUACUUAGCGGAUCCACAUAUUCCUAUUCUGUCGACGGCAAAUGUCCCUCCUCAGAGAAAGGACUGGUGGGCAGAUGAAGUUCGAAGGGUGCCCCCGUUCCAAGGCUUGCCCUUAGAAAUAUUCGAGAUGAUCAUGCAGCAUGUGACUAGCUUCCCCCUUAGUUGGGAGGAGGCCUAG